CACGGAUGCAGCCUCUCGGUGCGUGUGUGGUAUCCAGUCGCACCACUUCCUCUACUUUGUUGUCAUGAACGCAGAGCUGCAGUAAUAUGAUGCGACUUGCACAUUAGACGAACGAGAAGACGGGAGGAGACAUUAUAAACAAUAUACAAAGCCACAUGGAUUUGGAUCAAUCAUCUUUCUCCGCGUUUAACGGCGGUUCGCGGGAGAAUGGACCCCGACCGGAGGACACCUGCCAGAGUGGCGCGCGCACCGUUGAGGUCGGCAGUACCUCACCGGCAUCGUACACAGAGCCGGUCGUAUUUUCAGGUGGAUCUGGAUACUGUGCAGAGCACGAAUCGGAAUUGGACAGCUUUUGUAGUUCGGACCAGAAACUCGUGUGCUCUCACUGCGCCAUCGUGGGCUCAUGCCACGGACACGCUGUGACACCGCUGGCCCAGAGAGUAACCGCAGUCAGGAAUCAGAUGGUGGAUGCUUGUGAAAAAAUGCAGCUUCAGGCCCUGAGGAUUGAACGCUUUAUCAGCCAAACCUUGACAGCCAAAGAACGAGCCCUGCAGGCAGAGGCUAGCAAGGCCCGGGAGCAGGUGCUGGCGCAGGUCAGCACAGUUCGGGAAGCCUUGGAAGAAGAGGAGCAACGUCUUUUAGAGGAAGUGCAGAAGGAGGAGGAGAGAGUGGAGGAGUGUCUCCUCAUGCAGAGGGCCCACUGGAACCAAGCCUUGACCAAUCUCUCGCAAAUUCGCUCCCACUUGGUGCACACCCUCACACAUACGCCAGAUGCACAGUUGGUGAAUGCCAUUCAGGAGAUAAACGAAAGGGUUGAGGAAGCAGAAGGUGUAGGGGAGCCCUACGACACGGACCAGCUCAACCUGAAUCCUGGUUGCAGUGACAGCAAGCUGCUCAAAGGUUUAUGGGCCAGUGCCAUACUCCUUGGACCUUCUGCAUAUGGUUCGGCCGGCUUAAAAUUUGAUGAGAACACUGUAAGCCCUCUGCUGUCCCUCUCAGAAGACCUCUGCACUCUCACCUUCAUACCCAAAAAAGCACGCAAGUCCCCGCCCUACAAUCCGUCUCGUUUCGACUGCUGGCCCAAUGCACUGGGCUUGCUGUCCGUGUCUUCCGGUACUUACAGCUGGGUGAUAGAUGUAGGCAAGAGCGCCGCUUUUAAGGUCGGGGUAUGCUAUGCAAGUGUGGUCCGUAAAGGCUCUGGAAACGAGUCGCGGCUGGGCUACAAUAAUCAGUCCUGGGUGCUGUCUCUCUAUGAUGGGGACUUCUGCUUCUGCCACGCAGGGAAGAAGAUACCCCUCCAGGUUUUGAGGAGACCCAGGAGUAUAGGUCUGCUUCUCGACUGGCCCACCCAUACACUAAUAUUUUAUGAUCCUGAAUCCACUGCUGUGCUUUACUCUAUUACUCAUCCUUUCAGCGCCCCACUGCUGCCAGCAUGUGCAGUGGCUGACCAUAGUGUCACCAUACGGCACUAACACCCUUCUGUUUAUGUAAAUGUUCAUAUUGCUAAACACUUUAAAGGACUCCUUUUUAUGAAGUUAACAUAUUACCUUGAGUUUUGAAAUGGACAAACUUUCAAUUUAACUAAUGUAAAGUUAAUUUAGCCUAGAAGUAAUUCUUCUUUGUGCAAUAAUGAUAAAUCCAGUUUUCAGAAA